AUGCGUGACCUGACGAAGCUUUCAGAUGCCAUGGACAGUAAAUUAAAGGACAAGGUAAUGUCAAAGGUCAAGGACGCCGCUGGCGGCGCCCGACAGAUGUCCGCCUCGGACAUCAGCAAUAUGGGUGAUAUGGUGAAAGACAUGAACGUCAGGGAGAUGAAAAAUUUGGACGCUUCUGCUGUUCGAAGCAGUUUGAGUACAUUCAGCGACAAUGCUAAAGAUAUGAACCGUGCUCAGAAAAUGCAGUUGAGAAAAACUGUGCGAGACAGCGUGGGCGGGGCCGGCAACUGGACAUCUGAUGACGUUGUCAAUGCAGCAGCUUUCAUUGGACGGGACAGGGACCUUAUGAAGAAAAUCGACAAAGAUGUACUGAUAUCUGGUAUGACAAACCUUAGCAAACAAGACAUGGAUCCAAAAAGUGCACGGACCAUGGUGUCAAAGAUCAAGGAGUCCGCCGACUACGACGAGCCUCGAGAUUUUGACACAAGCAAAUUCAAGGAGGUUGGAAAUCUGGCUAAAGGUUUCUCACCACGGUUUGUAAAGAACAUGACAAAUGUUGACUUCGGCUCACUUCUGAGCUCUGGCGAUUUGAAGGACAUUGACUUUUCAGAAAACUUUCUUCUUUAUGGAUAUGUUGACUUUUGA